GGAUGUGCACCUCCCUAUGCUCAAAUUAACCAGCCUAGCUACCCGCGCCAAGCUUGGAGGGUGCGUUAUGUGCCCGUUCUGUGCAUAAACCCGAAGCUGAGGAUAAUAUAAUAUAACCAUGUCAACUUCUAAAGGGAGACCAUUGAUGACCGUUGAUGAUUAUCGAUGUCGAGCUCAAGAACUAAUGUCACCCGAAGGCUGGUCGUUUUACAACGAUGCUUCUGGGCGGAGAUCGACGUACAACGAUAGCAUGGAAGCCUUUGAUCGUUACGUGAUUCGUCCUCGUAUUCUCCGUGACGUCACACACCGUACACUAUCUACCACUGUUCUGGGCCAGCCAAUCAGCAUGCCUAUCUGCGUAGCACCAACAUCAUACCACCGGUAUGCACACACCUCGGCAGAAGGAGAAACGGCUAAAGGUGCCGCGGAUGCCGACACCCUAUUCGUAAUGUCAUGUUAUGCGAAUGCAUCCAUCUCUGAAGUUUCUCGGGCAGCCCCGGGAGGAUUAAAAUGGAUGCAGCUGUAUCUCUUUAAAGAUCGACGGAUCUCUGAACACGUGGUCAAGGAGGCCGAGAAAGAAGGAUUCAAAGCUAUCGUGCUCACAGUCGAUCUUCCCUUUACUGGAAACCGAGCGUUCAGUCAAAAACGGACGACUGGGAAAUAUUAUCAAGACCCUACUUUCCGGCCAGUAAACCUAGCGAUAGACAUACCCGAGAUUCAUAGAGCUAUUCAGUCUGGUGAUGUGUGCAUACGACGUUUCCUUGAAGAGCAGGGAGAAUCACCGAAAACCUGGGAUGAUGUAAGGUGGCUGAAGUCUAUAACCAAACUUCCUAUCGUUUUGAAAGGUAUACUAACAGGUGAGGCUGCCAGGGAAGCUGCUGAUGCUGGAGUCUCUGGGAUCAUCGUAUCAGCUCAUGGGGGAAGGCAAAUCGAUGGGAUAUCUUCUCCGAUAGACGCACUUCCGGAAGUGGUAUCAGCAAUCAAAGGUAGUGGAGUCGAGGUUUACAUGGACGGAGGGGUUACGUCAGGAACCGAUGUCCUCAAAGCUCUAGGACUGGGAGCCCGGGCUGUACUAAUUGGGAAACCAGUCCUUUGGGCACUCGCUUGUGAGGGUUCUGCUGGUGUGAAGAAUGUGCUAUCCAUCCUUGGAACUGAAUUGGAUUCUGCUUUGGGCAUCUCAGGAUGUACCAGUCCAAAUGACAUUCCGUCGAAUCUGAUUGGUCGGAAAUCUUUACUUUGAGCUUGCCAUGAUUUCAUCUGAAACACAAUAUCUGAUUGGCCAGGAAAUCUUUACUAUGAGCUUGCCAUGAUUUCAUCUGAGACACAAUCUCUGAUUGGCCAAGAAAUCUUUACUCUGAGCUUGCCAUAUCAUAUGAGACAUAAUCUCUGAUUGGUCAGAAAUAAUGUACUCUGGGCUGACCGUGACUUCAUCCGACACCUGUUUAACCAACAUGUUCAAAUUAUAUCCAUACUAAUAAAUAAAUAUUGAUCUUAAAAAACAUGUCAUGUUAUCUUGUCAGAGGCUUAACCCAAUUCCAAAUGUUUUAAUCUCAAAUGUUUAUAACAGUUUAAAGGAAUGCCGUGGUACAGCGUAUGUUCAAAGGAAAAUGAAACCCAUGGAACAAUAAAGCCUGUAUGGAAGUAGAAAAUGAAAGAAUCAGAUCAACGAAAGUUUUAGUUGGACAAACAUUACGACAGUUAUGAAUAUUUGAAUGUCGGGAUUACUAUUGCUGUAACUUCUGAAAGUUCACAUGGCGACGAAGAAGAAGAGGAGUGUAUCGCGUCUCAUGGUACACCGGCCCACGAAACGAUACAUGGUAUACCGUGAAACCCACUACACUCUUCACCACUAAUACUAUGGAGCAGCCCAUUGGCAAUGCGAACAACAUCUGUGAUGUCACACAAAACUAAUCUCCCAUUUGGACACUGAAAUAUAAUAAUAUACCCCCAAUCAUCUCUUUUUUUUUGUUCAUUUAUAAUUAUAUGACAAAUACUGUGUCGUGAAACCUUCCAUCAUGCAUGUCCAUCAUUAAAAAACAACAUCCGAUCUUGCGACAGACUAGAGAAAAAGGAAAAAAGGCGAAAUUGUAUAUCGGAAUGAUAUAUGUCAAGCUGUGGGAUAUCAUAGAUCCUGUCAAAAUAAUGGGAUAAAUGUUAUUGUCAAGAUGUUCGUUAGUCCGAAAAAAGAGUUCGUUUAACCGAAUCGUUUGUGGCAUCAUUCCGAAAGUUCUUUGAAAUGAAAAGAAAACAGGAUUCGCUAGUCUAAAAUUAAUAAAGGAUCGUUAGUCCGAGGGGAUUGAACUCCGAAAAUAAAACAAGGUAGUUAUUAUUACGAAGGAUCGUUAUUGCGAAUAUAACCAUUGAGCGAUAUAUAGUCUAGGCAUACGGGGCUAUAAAUCGUUUUAAUAGUGAACAUUCUUUCGUUUUAGGAUUAACGAAACUAACCUUAUUUCGUUGUCGGGUCAUCAAGAAUCAGACUCAAUUUUCUUACAGAUAAACGAACCUCUGGAUAUAUGAACCUAAUCGGAAUAAUGCAUUAUUAUGAUCAGAAAGCUACCAUUUAGUAAUGAUCGAAUUCCAGUUGUAUAUGUAUUUUUCAUUUGGCAUGUUUGGUGACAUGUGAUGAAAAUUCAUUUAUUUCUAAAAACAUUCAUUUUGUGAUUGAAUUAGCAUUGAUUGCUAUAAUCGAGAUACAGUUGUGACCAAAAUAAACCGUUUUUUUUAAUAAACAAGUGCACACCAAGAUACCAAUAAUGCAUAUAGCAUUUUCUUUUACUAGUAUU